AUGCGUGCCGCGCUCACCAAGCUCCGCCCCAACCUCGCACGCGGUCGCUUCACGCAACGUCACGCUUCACGAUCGAUGUCGGGCGCCCGCGCCGCGCCCGCGUUCACCUUUAGCGACGAACAGGCGAAAUUUUACGACGACGUGCUCGCUCGAGGGGUGUUUCAAGUCUGGAGUGAAAAACUUUUCGAGGUGAGUCGCCCCGCGCUCGGUGAAUCCGUCCUGGACGUGGCGUGCGGCACCGGCGUGGUCGCUCGGGCGUGCGCGCGCGAGGUCGGGGUCGAGGGAUCGGUGAUGGCGAUGGAUAACUCGAGUGGGAUGCUCGAGCGGGCGCGGGCGAGCGGGACGGGCGGCGCGGCGGCGCGCGUGGAGUUCGUCGAGGGCGACGCGUGCGAGCGCGAUCACGGCGAGCGGACGUUCGAUAGAGCGUAUUGUCAACAAGGGUUGCAGUUCAUGGAGAAUCCCACGCGGGCGAUGGAGUUGAUUCGAAAAGCGUUGAAACCGGGGGGACACUUCACCGCCGCCGUGUGGACGACGGCGCGCGCGGAUUCCAAUCAGAUGAUGUAUCAUCUUGGUGAGGCGCUCCGAGACGUUGGAAAGGAGGAGUGGAUACCGAUAGCGCUCAAGCCCAUGAGUUGGUGCGGGUCUGGCGCCGCCGACGGUGCUGGCUCGACGAAAUUGGAAGACUGUCUCAUCUCAGCCGGUUUCAUCAACCCAGACGUCUCCGUGGAGGACGGCACCUUUGAGUUUCCGAGCCUCGACGUCGCCGUGGACGUCGCCAAGGUCGCCCCGUACGGUGCCGAGCUCGCCGGCGACGCUGAACUCUGGAACGCGUUCUCGAAGAGCUUCAGAAACCGUCUCGCUCCCUUUGUGAACGCCGACGGCGUCGUCUCCGUACCGGCGCGCUCGUUCAUCGCGCACGGCGUCGCUCCUUGGAACGCUCCCUAA